AUGGAGUCAGAACAUGAAGAAGAUGAAAAAAACAAACAAGUUUCAACAGGAGAUGAGUUAUUAUUAAUAGACGAAGAAAAUGGAGAUAACGAGCAUAAAACGAUCCAUUCAGAAGAAACAGAAAGUGAAAUCAUUCACUCAGAAGAAACACAUUCAAGAUCUUCUUCAUCAUCUUCCUCAUCAUCAUCGUCUUCUUCUUCCACAUACGCAUCACCACCAAAACAUCUACCAUCAAACGAUGAUCCAGAGGUUUCUUCUUCUCCAACAGACUCACCUCCUGUUCAAGUCAUGGACAGGGAUGACGAUGCCGAUGAUGAUGAUCAGCCGCUAAACUACGACCCGAACAGGAUCCCAUCGUCGGUGUUCGAGAGAAGCAAAUCGAAUAUACCAGCUGAAUGGAGCUGCACUUCGAACGAGUCUCUCUUCAGUAUCCAUUUAGGAGGACGUAACAGCUUCACUGCUGAUAUGAUGAAAUCAGGAGAGCUUUAUAAAUCAGGAGAGCUGCUUGCUUAUAGCCCCUCACUUCCUAUGCCUCCUCCACCAGGAUCAGAACCAAAGGCUGUUGUUGUUGUUGAUGAUUCAGAUGAUGAGGCAGAGGAAGAGGCAGUUUUAGUGUUAGAGAAAGCACGUAGAGAGGAAGAGGACAAGAGAGAAGAACAACAACAUCCUGCUGUUUCUUGGAAAACUCCUACAACCAUUCUGCCUACAACUUCUUACCGUUCUAACCGGAGCUCAAACAGCGCGCAUUCCUUCUCUUUCCCAAUUUUGGCAGGAGCUGCAAGUGAAUCAGCAAGUGGAGAAACAGAGGAACAGAAGAAACAAGCAGCGCCAAAGCAGCAAUCACAAGAGACACAAGAACCAGCUGAAGCAGCAGCGAACCAGAAGCAGCAGUCAUCAAUGUGUAGGUGGUUCUCAUGUUUUCCUCCAUGUCCUUGGUGUUGUUCUUUACGUUCUCCAUGUUCUUGA